GACCCGCAAAACUUACAGAACAAUUAUUUGAGAGGAAAUAAAUUAAAUUUUGAUCUAAAGAGCUGAAAAUUUCAUUUCAAAUCAUUGCUCCAAAUUCAACCUUCAUCUCUCUACUUCGUUUCUACCUGGCAUGUGAGAUAAGACCCAGUUUAUAUUCAAUUUGAAAAAUUGCAGUAAAGCGAUGACGCCCAUGCGUACGACAACUCACAUAACUAAUCCUCUAAACAUUAAUUUUACUGCUUUUCAACAGGGCGAAGGAGACGCGAAGUUAUGUUCAAUUUUGCGUCUCUUUUCACGCCCUCCUGCUGUGUUAUGGAUGCGUAUAUAAACGCCACGCUCGUUCACAAUUUUCGACAGAAUCACAAAUCAGCUCUCCUUUUAUAUACUAUUCUAUUUUUUACAGUUGGAAGUUCAAUGGCGGAGAAGAAAAAGGUGGUGAUCGUUGGCGGAGGAGCUGGCGGCUCUCUUCUUGCAUAUACCCUUCAGAACUAUUGCGACGUUAUCCUUAUUGAUUCGAAGGAGUACUUUGAGAUUACAUGGGCAAGCUUAAGGUCAAUGGUCGAACCAUCAUUUGCAAAACGUGCAGUGGUUAAUCACAGCGAAUACCUUCACAGUGUACGCAUUAUUUCGUCUCCCGCUAUCAACAUCAUGAGGAAUGAAGUUUUGACAGAACAAGGCGAGUGGUUUGCAUAUGAUUAUCUUGUUGUUGCCACAGGUCAUUUGGAUAAUGGCAGUUCCACGAGAAAUGAGAAACUCCAUUACUACCAAAAUGAGAAUGACAAUAUCAAAGCUGCUAAUUCCAUAUUGAUAGUUGGAGGAGGGCCGACAGGUGUAGAGCUGGCUGCUGAAAUAGCCGUCGAAUUUCCUGAUAAAAAGGUCACACUUGUGCACAAGGGAUCAAGGUUGCUGCAGUACAUUGGAGAAAAGGCCGGUAAGAAGGCAUUUGAUUGGUUAAUUUCAAAGAAGGUUGAAGUCAUCCUCAAGCAAUCUGUUAACUUGGACUCGGCCUCGGAUGGUGUGUACUGGUUAUCUGGUGGUGAAACCAUAAGUGCUGAUCGCCAUUAUGUAUGUACUAUGAAGCCUUUUGCCACAUCAUGGCUAAAGGAUACUGAUUUGAGAGGUAGCUUGGAUGACCGAGGGAAGUUAAUGGUUGAUGCAAAUUUGAGAGUUAAGGGUCACAAUAAUAUCUUUGCCAUUGGAGACAUUGUUGAUAUCAAAGAACUGAAUCAAGGAUAUAUAGCUCGAAACCAUGCAUUGUUGGUUGCCAAGAAUGUGAAGUUAUUGAUAAGUGGAGCAGGGGAGCAGAAACUGGCAAAAUAUAAGCCCGGUCCAACAAUGGCUAUAGUUUCUUUAGGUAGACGAGAGGCUGUGAUGCAAGUUGGGUGCAUAACCAUUUCUGGGCGGAUUCCGGGAAUGAUAAAGUCUGGGGAUUUGUUUGUUGGCAAAGCGAGGAAGGAACUCGGACUAAAAUCUUAUCCUUCGUAGUCUUGCAAAUCGGUGUUUUUAUUUUAUAUUUUUAUUAUUAUUGCUGAGUUAUAAUUUAUAAAUAGCAUUCCACAUGUCUCAUUUUUAUAUUCGUACACUAUGAAUGUACAUUUUGAGUCUGAGAAAUAAAUGAAAGUUUUAUACUCGUACUUCUUGACAUGGUCUUCAAG